UUAAGUGAGGGUAGGAAGGACAGGAAAGAGGAAUUGGGCUUUCAGCUGGGGGAGGGGCAGGCAAACUGGAACCUACAGGCACUGACCUUUGUCGAGAAGAGUGUAGCCUUCCCAGAAUGGGAGGAGCAGGACAGAGCAGGGGUAGGGGGUGGGGUGCUGGGUUCUGAGGGACUGAUCUCAGACUUGGAGGAAUAUAGCAGUCCUGGCGGGUCCUAAGGAAAGGGGACAUGUGCUCAGGGAGAAAAUAAGAAAGGUGGCACAUUUAGGGCUUAGGACACAUAGCAUCAAGCUGGACACAGAUCCAAUCCCCAUUCUUACCCAGCCAUUCCUAGUUAGCUUAAGGUUCUGAAUUGUGGGACCGGAGAAGCUGGGACGAAGGAGAGGGUAAUGGGAGGAGGGCUCAUGCAUGUUGACAGACCUACAGGAAAUCCCAAUAUUGAAUCAGGUGCAGGCCUCUUUGCACUACUCGUCAAAGAAGGAGGAGGCCAUGUGGGGGGUCCUGCAAAGGAACUGGAAGGGUUCUGCAAAGGGGGCAGGGAGGAAGAUAUGGGCUAUGAGAUGGAUACGGUGGGUGUCCAAGGCGAGGUAAGCCAUGUAAGGUGGGUACCUCACUCAGCAGGUGCCCAUUCCUGGGCAUCUUGCCUCAGGUGGCAAGUCCCAAGACUGUUAGCCCAUCUCUUCACCUUGGAUAACCCAGUAUUUCAGGACUGGGAGUGUAAAGAAAAACGCCAAGAGGCUUUUGGGUGGGGGGUAAAUGGAAAGAGAAUGAUAGGUUCAUUGCUCCCAUACCACCUUCUCAUAAUCUUGUAAUCACCAACCCCUAGUAGUCCAGUUUUGUUUUCGCCCAACUCACCUCCUCAGCCCCACUCCCCAAGCCACCCCUCAACACAUUGCACAUGUUUACUAGCUCCUCACCUUGACCCUGUAUCCAGCUUUCCAACCUCUUCUCCAGGGCUUAUGCCACAAUACUUCUGUUCCCUUUCCCUGUCCUAGAUUGUCUCCAACCAAACAACCAAGGUUGCUCAGAAUUUGAGGCCAGUUAAGAUGUGUGUGUGUGUGUGUGUGUGUGUGUGUGUGUGUGUGUGUGUGUGUGUAUACAGAUUCUGUCCUGCUCUCAGCAGGGGGCUGGUGCCCCACAGCAGAUUCACCAAGGAGCCUGACAAAAAGGAGACGCAAUAUGCUGCACUCACACGGAAACCUGGGAGCAGUCAGAGCUCUAGCAGUUCUAGGCUGGUCGGCGGCUCACACCCUCCCAGCAGCUGUUCCCCCCAGCCAGGCAGUCUUUUCCUUGACACCUGAUUAAAUGUUCAUUAUUCCUGUCACUUGCAGGAUAGAUUCCAGACCCUCUUCCUCAGCCCACCUGUGCCCCACAGUGCAAGAAGUGCAAGAGCCCAAGCCGCCUCCAUGGCCCCAGGAAGGAUUCAGGGGAGAGGCCCCAUCCAGGGAGCCACUCCAACCAGACAGCGUGGCCAGAAUGGAGCUGACUGAACUGCUCCUCGUGGUCAUGCUUCUCCUAACUGCAAGACUGAAUCUAUGCCUUCCGGCUCCUCCAGCCUGUGACCCCCGUCUCCUAAAUAAACUGCUUCGUGAUUCCCAUGUCCUUCACAGCAAAUUGAGCCAGUGCCCAGACGUUAACCCUUUGUCCACACCUGUCCUGCUGCCUGCUGUGGACUUUAGCCUGGGAGAAUGGAAAACCCAGAAGGAGCAGACCAAGGCACAGGACGUUCUGGGAGCCGCGACCCUUCUGCUGGAGGGAGUAAUGGCAGCACGGGGACAACUGGGACCCACCUGCCUCUCCUCCCUCCUGGGACAGCUUUCUGGACAGGUCCGCCUCCUCCUUGGGGCCCUGCAGGGCCUCCUAGGAACCCAGCUUCCUCCACAGGGCAGGACCACAGCUCACAAGGAUCCCAAUGCCAUAUUCCUGAGCUUCCAACAACUGCUCCGAGGAAAGGUGCGCUUCCUGCUGAUUGUAGUAGGGCCCACUCUCUGUGCCAAGCAGGCCCUGCCCACUACAGCUGGCCCAAGCAAUACCUCUGUAGUCCUCACACUACACAAGCUCCCAAACAGGACUUCUGGAUUUUUGGAGACAGACUCCCGUGUCUCAGCCAGAAUUACUGGCUUUGGACUUCUGAAGAGGCUGCAGGGAUUCAGAGCCAAGAUUCCUGGUCGGCUGAACCAAACCUCCAGGUACCUAGACCAAAUCCCUGGACACGUGAACAGGACACACGGACCCUUGACUGGAACUCAUGGACUCUUUCCUGGACCCUCACCCAGGGCUCUAGGAGCCCCAGACAUCCUUCCAGGAACUUCAGACAUGAGCUCCCUGCCACCCGACCUCUGGCCUGGAUAUUCUCCUUCCCCAACCCAUCCUCCUACUGGGCAAUACACACUCUUCUCUCCUUCACCCACCUCACCCACUCCCCCGAUCCAGCUCCAGCCUCCACUUCCUGACCCCUCUGUCACACCCAACUCUGCCAGUCCUCUUCUAAUUGCACCCCACCCUCACUUCCAGAAUCUGUCUCAGGAGGAGUAAGGUACUAGGGCCCUGCCAGCUUCAGCACUGUAUCCCAAGUAAAGUUCCCUUACCCGGAGGGGAGGCCCUGGGAAUCAAGUUAUACCAGAUUUCCUGCUUUCACCUGAAACCCAAAGCCCUGCUAAAGCAGGAUACACAGGACAGAAAAGGGGAUCAUUUUUCACUGUAUAAUGUAAAACUUCAGAAGCUAUUUUUUUAAGCUAUCAAUAAUAUUCACUAGAGCGUCUA